AGGGAUGCAAGGGGAUGAGAGUGGUUUCUAAGCAACGGACACCAACAAAUGGAUAUACGGACUUUGAGCAAUACUGAAUAUAAGCAUAGGAAAUCAAAAUCACGAAAUUAUCGACAUUAUAAAAGACAAGCGAAAGCUGCAUCUGCCGGACACUGAUGAAGGUUUCUGGUAUUCCCAUGAAGCAUGACUUUACAAAUGGCACCAAGUCCACACUCUGUAUUGAAACUUCCAACAGUGAUCCAUGAGGGGAGAGACCAGUGGUCUUCUAGAAUGCAGCUUUCACAGUCGAAUUUCCUUCAGAACCAAGCUGAAGAAAAGGAGAAGAAAAUGAUGACUAUAUAUGAGCAGAAGCAGCAGGCUGCAUUAGACAAAGUAAUGCAGAACAUUUCCCACAAGAACUAUUCACCAGAUCAAAAGAGUAAUUCUGCAAAGACUAGAUAUGAUGGUGUCUAUUAUAAGAAAAAUUACUAUGGCGAUAGCCCAAAGAAAACCACUGAUGUAGAAGGGGCCUUUUCGCUGAAACCAGUUUACCAUAAGAGAUCUUACAGUUGGAACAUGUCUAGGACUAAUAAUGAUGCAAAGUCUUUGAAACCUUUGGACAUGCAAAGAGUCCCUCCCCCUCUUCCAUCUUUACCUCUCAGUUAUACAAAGACAUCUGAUGAGAAAUAUUUAAAGCCAUAUUCCUGGAGACAGUUUUCAUUAGACCAGCCCCCCGCAGAGGUCUUGACAUGGUCCAAGGGUAACACACCUCAGGGAGCACAAGGCAAGCAAUGGAGGCAGGCCAAGGUGGACGAGAAGGACCAACCAUGGUUGGCUGAAGACAUACGCAGGAGAGAGGUUGCCCUGAAAGAGAAACUCAGGAGGACUGAAGACAAGCUGAGGAGAAUCCAACAGGAGAGGGCAGCUUCUACAGGGGAGGGGGAAAGGUGGGGGAGACGAGGAGCGGAGUUGGAAAAGAUUAAAUGGACAGAGGAAACUGAGAGGAGACAGAGUGGUAGAGUUGCUGCAGUUGACUGGGAUAGGAGAGAUGGCAUGAUGGAGAGUGAGAGAAGGAUGGAUGAAAUGGGGAGAAAAGAAAGGUGGAAUAGAGAAUUUGAAAGAAGUGAGAACAGGGGUGCAGAGUGGGAAAGGGAAAGGAAGGCAAGGCUAAAGGAGGCAGAAAUGGUGAGUGAGAGGAGGAUGAAGGAAAGACAGAAAGACAGAGAAUGGAAGCAGACCGUAAAAGACAGAGAGCCAGAGAGACCAAGCUGGGGAGAGUGGGAGAGGAAGAGGGAGGUACUGAAGGAGAGGGGGAUAGAAGAUGGGUGGGAAGGGGAAGGGCAAGACGUGAGGGGAGAGAGAGAAUGGCAAGAGGGUAGGGAUAAGGUGAGGGAAGGAGAAUGGGAAUGGAAAACAAGGAAUAUGGGGGGAGAGUGGGAAAGGAUGAGGGUGAAAGAAAGGGGGAAAAUAAAGGAGGGAGAGUGGGAAUACAGAGAAAGAAGAGAGAGGAUAAGGGAAGCAGAGUGGGAAAGGCUCAAAGACCGGGACUGGGAGAGGGACCAGGUGAGGACACAAAGAAAUGGCCGGGAGAGGAGCCAGAAGGUCCUCUGGAGGACAAGCCUGAACAGCAGUAACGGGAGCCCACCUUCGGAAGGAGCCAUGAUUCCUCAUGCGAGAUCCAUGAACCUUACUGAGCAGCUGGAGCAGCUGAGUCUGGGGGAGGGGCCUAGCCUGGGGGAGGGGCCCCAGCUCCUGCCCUGCAAGCACUGCCACAGGAGCUUUGCCACUGAGCGCCUGGAGCGCCACCUGAAGGCUUGCGAGAAGGUGCACCAUUCCAAGAGAAAGGUCUUUGAUUCCUCCAAGUACAGGGCCAAAGGAACAGACCUGGAAGAGUUCAUGAAGACCAACACAAGAAGCCGAACACCAGAGCCAAAAAAGAGCAACUGGAGGCAGAAGCAUGAGAUUUUCAUCAGGAACAUCCGUCAGGGCCUCCUGCCAGCGAACGGGGCCUUGCGGCCAAAGCUGCCCGCCAACAACAACCCCGACUAUGUAGCCUGUCCUCACUGUGAUCGCCGCUUCGCCCCGGGUCCUGCCGAGAGACACAUUCCCAAGUGUCAGUACAUCAAAAGCCGGCCCCCUCCCCCGCCACGCCGCCUCUAACAAUGGGGCAGAGGAAACACCAGUAAACAAAUAAGAUGAUGCUUUACUUCACAGUAAAUACAGAGCUGCAUUGGCCGGGAAUGAUGAUGCUGUCUGUGUGUUUUAUAUGAUUAUUUCCAUGUUAGUUUUAUUGUGGACUGUAGACAUUAACAUUUGCUGAGCAACUCAACUGAUUUUUCUCCUAAGGAAACGCUGAAUAAGUCACUUCGUCAAUUUGUUUACAAGCCAGACACA